AGUGUUGUGUUGUGUAGCGGCUUUACUGGCAUGCAUACCACUUUUUGCCCCACCAAGAUUUACAUGCUAAAAUCACCACUGACACACACAAAACACAUACAAACAAAUUAGAAGGUAACCUGGUAGCCAAAAUCAUCCCCACACUUUGAAUCAGAACAUACAUUGUUAAUUCAGAAAAUAUUCUGGAAAGUUAGUUGUCUAACAUAACAAAUACUAUCUCUGUCUACACCCCCACCCCCCUCCACCUCUGAGCAAGUGGAGCGUUGCGCUGCGCUUUGAUGUGGUGCUCUUGCGCACCCAAUGUUCACAGACUAUAGUGGGCGUGGUGGUGUUGGAAAUGGAGAUGGCGUCACCGGCAACGUGUUAUGUGUGUACAUAGUAGCAAGAUUACAACGAGCCUGUGACAGAAGAGACACACGAGUCAGAUCAUACAAGUCUGACACUUACAGCAGGACCAGGAACCGCUUCGAAUUCAAACCCUGAAGAAGAGACAUCAAAUAUUUUUGACCAAGAGGAGCUGACAAGGUGCUGCAAAGAAAAAGGGAUUCUGACAUGCACUGGCAGAAAUCACCGAAGGAGAAGCCGUGUUACACUCUUCCCACAGUGAAGAAACUCCUGGAGCAGAAGAGGAAGAGGGAAACCUCCUCGACGGCAACAACCAGUACCGGUGUCUCCACUGCCACUGUCCUCUCCCAACAAGUGUCAACACCAGAGAAGUCUACCUCAACAAGUGUAGCCAGCAGCUACUCAGACAUGGCAGUGGGGUAUGAGAGAUGGGGUCCUAUGAAUGAGCACCAACCCCUCUCGGCCAUACAGGAAGGUCCAUUCUCCCCUAUGGGGAACAAUUACUUCUCCAGCCCAUCCUCCUCAAUGGACUACAGCCAUACUCCGGCCUACAGCCCUCAGAUGGCCUCCAGCUACAACACACAGCAGAUUCAGGACUACCCAGACACCAGGAUGCCUCAGCAUUAUACGGAGUGUCCAGUGACCGAGGCUGUGUCUAGUUUGGUUCCUUCUGGGCCCCUGCAGACCGCUAUCUUCUCCUGGUCGUCGGGGGCCCUGGGCCCCACAGAACCUGUCCAGCAGGUGUUUAGUGGCCAGAUGGAUGUCUCUAAGCUGGAGGAAGCCAGGAUGUUCCUCAGAGGGAUGGACUACAGCAGAACCACCUGGCAGGAUGACGACGGAGACACGAUUCUGCAUAUCUAUACAGCCAAGGGCCUGAGGGAGUAUGCAUUCGCUGCAGCAGAGAGGCUUGCUGAGCUGGGCAGGCUAGACUCCAAGGAACACAAGGGGAAGACUGCUUUGCUGGUGGCGGUGACUGCUAACCAUCCGGAAAUCGUCCAGGAUCUGUUGUCUUUAGGGGCGGAUAUAAAUGCCUGUGAUGUCAAAGGUCAAACAGCACUUCAUCUUGCUGCCACUUAUGGCUUCCCCAGGGUUAUGCAGGUUAUUCUCUCCAUUGGGCCUGGAGUGAACCUGGAGGCUCGCAAUUUUGAAGGUCUGACUCCUCUGCACUGUGCAGCCAUCUCCCACAGUGGCACCUUGAAGACUCUCUCCUCCCUCUCCUCCACGGGGCUGGGUGAUGCCAGCCUCCAUGCCCUGGCAGAGGAGAAGCUCUCCUGGCUGCAGAUGCUACUCAACACCGGAGCCUCCCUGACCAGCCAGGAAAUCAAAAGUAACAAGACUGUUCUUCACCUGGCUGUGAAGGAGGGGAACAUCCAGCUGGUUCGCCAUCUGCUGAAGACCCCCCUGGACAACAUGAGGGACUUUGUCAACAUGAAGGCCCAUGGUCAUACCGCACUGCACAUGGCUGCUGGUCUCCAUGGCAACCCACACCAGGAGGAGAUGCUGAGGCUGCUGCUGAGCAGAGGGGCCGACCCCAGCAUCCGCAACCUGGAGAACGACCAGCCUGCACACCUGCUGCAGAGUGGACCCCACGGGGAACAGCUCAAGCUCAUCCUGAAGAAGCGAAGUGCUUCCUCUCGUCGACGUGUAAUGUCCUUACAGGACCAAGAGUGACCCGGACUACUUUUUAUGUCCCUGUGUAUCCCUCCACCUCUUUUCAGAUGAAGUACUGAAGGUCUGUACUGUAGGUUGAAUCCAGACAUCUGUACUUCCAACAGGGAGGGAUUCUAGCGUAUCUUCAUGUGAGGAUUUUCAAACACUGCGAAUCUCUAAUAUAUACUAGAGCAUUCACUUUGAAACUAUAUGUUUGAUUGACAUGAUUUUGGUCCCUAUCUGAAUUCAGUUAGCAAUGGCGUUUAUGUAUUUUUCUAGCUUAAUGGGCAGCUAUUGUUUUUGUUUAAUGAUAGCUAGCAAUGAGCAGUGGUAACAGGUGGUAUUCCAGUCCCCCCUGACAUUACUGUCACUCAGUACAACCUUGAUUUCUAUGAAAUCGUUUACGUUAUAUUCAAAGCUGCCCAGACUCAUUGUGUGAGUACCCCCCCAGCCGGGAAGCCCUCCUUAGAGGUAUAUCUGAGAAGGGUUUCUGGGCCACCGCCCCCACUCAUUCUCUUGUCAAAACUUCCCACCAUGGUCAGAAAUCAUAUUGGUUUGUUGAAAGGUGGUUGUUGUUUCACUAAGCAUGUGACACAGUGUACCAUUGUGCUCAUGCUUUCAAUGUCUUUUAUAACUUAACUAGGUCUUUUCUUUUUAUAUUUGAUAUACUCACAGCACUCAUUGAAUAGCUAAUAUAUUGUCAUUGGUGGAAAAAGUACUCAAAAGUCAUACUUGAGUAAAAGUAAAGAUACCUUAAUAGAAAAUGACUCAACUAAAAGUGAAAGUCACCCAGUAAAAUAUGACUUUAGUAAAAGUGUAAAAGUAUUUGGUUUUAAAUAUACUUAAGUACCAAAAGUAAAUGGAAUUCUGAAAUGUACUUAAGUAUCAAAUCCUUAUAUUAUGCAAA